AUGUUUACCGGUCAAGAUCGCCUCGGUACUGGCAGUCGCCAAGCAGCAGCACCAGCUUCAACAACGCGUACCCGGCGUGCUGCAAACCGGCAAUCUCCCCCACCAUCAGGUCCAUCAACAGGCGGCGGUCUUGGUACAUCUGCUAUGACUGGUACCGGGUUAUUUGGAGGGUCGGGGGGCAGAGAAAAAAAUGUCCCUGGUUACCAGCAGCGAGGCGGUGAGCAGCAGCGUGAGAGAGAACGGGAGCAGCAGCAACACACAGACACAGGCGGGGCAAUGGAGCUGAGUGAAGAGCAAAAAGCCGAGAUAAAUGAGGCAUUCCAUCUUUUCGACCUCGACAAAGAUCGCAUGAUCGACUACCACGAACUCAAGGUAGCAAUGAAAGCUCUCGGCUUCGAUAUCCCUAAAUCAGAGCUCCUGCAUAUACUCCGAGACCAUGGUGUAACUGCCAAUAUGCAAAAACCUCCACACAAUCAGUUGGGCCAGACCCUUAGCAGGCUCUUUAUAACUCAAGACUCAUUUACAUCAAUCAUGACGCAGAAAAUCUUGGAUAGAAACCCUUUGGAAGAAAUAUCACGUGCCUUCGAUCUAUUUGCUGGUGUUGCUGGUGGCAUAGGAGACGGCCAGGAUGCGAAAAUUGCCAUUGAUGACCUGCGAAGAGUCGCAAAGGAGCUCGGUGAGACACUAGAGGAAGAGGAGUUGAGGGCUAUGAUUGAUGAAUUUGAUAUUGACAACGAUGGCAUGAUCAGCCGAGAUGAAUUCAUUGCUAUCUGCAGGGGCGAGUAA